AUGCUCGCAACAAUGUCUCAUGAGAUAAGGUCUCCUCUAUCGGGAGUUGUAAGCAUGGCCGAGAUUCUUUCAACCACUAAUCUCGAUAAAGAACAAAAGCAGUUUCUGAAAGUGAUGUUGUCUUCUGGUGAUUUAGUCCUUCAACUGAUUAACGACAUUCUUGACCUUUCAAAAGUCGAAUCAGGAGUUAUGAAAUUGGAAGCUACCAAAUUUAGACCAAGAGAAGUGGUGAAACAUGUUCUUCAGACAGCAGCAGCUUCAUUACAGAAAUUACUAACCUUAGAAGGUCAUGUAUCGGACGAUGUUCCUGUGGAGGUUAUUGGAGAUGUCCUAAGGAUUCGACAGAUUCUCACAAACCUGGUCAGCAAUGCCAUCAAGUUUACUCAUGAAGGAAAGGUCGGAAUAAACCUCUAUGUGAUCCACGAGCCAUCGACAAUAUCUAAUACGAUGAAAGACUCGUCAAUGUCUGAUCAGCAUGAAAUCGGGACGUGUGAAAACCAAAAUCUAAACAAUGGGUCUACUGAGAAAGAAGAUGAAAAGGACACGAUAAAUGAGGAACGAGUCGUGUGGAUACGUUGUGAUGUUUACGAUACGGGCAUUGGAAUACCCGAAAAUGCAAUACCAACCCUUUUCAAGAAAUACAUGCAAGUUGGUGCAGACACUGUUCGAAAAUACGGUGGGACGGGACUCGGCCUCGCAAUCUGUAAACAACUGGUCGAGCUAAUGGGAGGCCAACUCACCGUAUCCAGCGUGGAAAACCAGGGCUCGACUUUCACUUUCGUGCUCCCUUACAAGGUCUCGUCAGAAUCCGAAACGAACUCCGACGACCCAGACGAGCUUUCCGAUUCUGAACACGAACUCUCGGGCGUGUUCCUUUUCCCUCCGCGCACCCUCAGCUCCUUGUUCUCCUCCCUAGCUUCCGGAAGGAUCCAGAAGAAGCUCGGCCCGAAUAAUUUUACCCUCAACAAAUGCAACGGGCUAUUAUUGUUGGAGGAGGACUCGUUAUUACCUCCUACUAGCACGGUAACUUCGGAAAGUGAGAAAAUUGAUGGGCAUUUUCGCCCCUAUUCUUGUACUCCGGAGGCUCGUGUGGCUCCGUGUCUGGAUGACGAGAGUUCCGAGUGCAGCUCGUCUAGCAAUAGUCUCGAUAUCUUGGGAGUUUGCUCGAGGCCGAAAAUUCUUCUCGUCGAGGAUAAUAAGAUUAAUGUGAUGGUGGCGAAAUCGAUGAUGAAGCAAUUGGGGCAUGAGAUUGACGUCGUGCAUAAUGGAUUAGAGGCCCUUCGCAUGGUUCAAUCCCACGAUUAUCAUCUCAUUCUAAUGGAUAUAUGCAUGCCGGUUAUGGACGGUCUUCAAGCUACGAAACUGAUCAGAUCAUAUGAGGAAACCGGUAAUUGGGACGAGGCGUUAAAAGCCGGAGUCGAUAUUCAGUUGCCUUGUCGAAAUUCUUGCUCGAAUUCACGAGUAGGAAAAACGAGAAAGAGGAUUCCUAUUGUAGCGAUGACGGCAAAUGCAAUGUCGGAAAGUGCGGACGAAUGUUACGCGAACGGGAUGGACUCGUUCGUGACGAAGCCAAUUACUUUCCAGAACUUGAAAAAAUGUUUACAACAGUACCUCUUCUGA